AUGUAACUUAUAAAUAGGCAUGCAUAUAUUGAUAGCAUUAAGCCAAACUUAAGACCAUACACUUCUGCCAAAGAAUUUUCUAUCAAAGAAAUCGCAAAGUCUACAGACAUUCACUCUCUUCCUACUCGCUUAGCUAGUCACAACCAACUACGUUUGAUAACACCUACUACUUUAUCAGUUAGAACGUCAAAAACCAAGAAUAAAGCUAUUAAUUUAGAAAUUGAAAAGCUUUAUGAAGAAAACCAGUCCUUAAAGCAAGCUGUAAAUUCACUUUCAGAUGAAAAUCUCCGUUUAAAAACAAGAUUAGCUCAAAAUCAAAGAAGUGCAGAUAAACGGGUCAAUGAAAAUUCUUUUAUAAGUCACAAUAGAGACAAAUCAAGCUCACAUUUAAUUGAAAAUUUAAAACAAAGUAUAAGUGAAAUGAAACAAGAAUUAGAAAAUAAAGAAAAAAUAAUUAUCGAAUUGAAGAAAAAUAUGAAAACAACUAAGAUGAAUGAAUUGACUGAAGAAUUAAAAAUUUUCAAAGAAGAAUGUACAAGAAUAAGAGGGUUAUAUGAUGCGGUAAAUAAAGAAAAAAUUGAAUUGUCAAAAAAAAAUUUAAAUUUUGAGAAAAUUAACCAUGAGAAAAAUAUGCUGGAACAAAAAUUAAAAGAUACUGAAAGGGAGAGUGCUCUGAAACAUAAAAAACUAGAAGAUUCUCAAUUAAUAAAAUCAAAUGAAAGCUCAAUUAAGCUAAAAGCGUUGGAGAAUUCAAAUAAAUUGAGUAUCAAGACUAAAAUAGAAGAAAAAAUAGAUUUCAAACAAAACAGGAAAUUCCAAAGCUCCCCACUUAAGAAGUUAAUUAAGCUUGAAGAUGAAAUCAAGAAUUUAAAAGCAGAAAAUAGUGGAAUGAAUUCUAAGAUAAAUGAGCUUACAAAAGAAAAUCAAAAAUUGAUAGAUUUGCUAAAGACAAAACAAAAAGAAAUAGAGAAUUUAACACUUUAUCCAGAAAAAUCUAAAUUUGAAAAUGAACUUCAAGCUCCAAUUAUAGCAUCACCAAGUCGUCAUCUUUUCAUUGAUGAAGAUCUCACCAGUGACGAAGAUAAAUUCGAAAAUUCAGAACCUCUAAUAAAUUCGUUAUUAAAAAAAAUCCUCGCGUUAGUAAAAUUAAAAAACUACAGCUUGGAAUCGUGAAUAUCAUCAAUAUCAGUUAACGGCAUAAUAUCUCUUGACAAUAUAAUUUCUGCUUUAAAGUUUGAAAGAGUCCCAAUUAUUAAAAAAGAAGUCGAACUAUUGAUUAAAAAGAAAGGAGAAAAUUCAUCACAAAUAUUGGAAUCUGUACUAAUCAAUGAAUUAAAAAAUUGUUUGAAAAUAAAUAAUGAAGAAAAAAUUGACGAAUUUGAUAACGAAAAAAUAAUAAAAGCAUUGCAAUGUAUAAGAACUCAAAUGAUAAUUGACAAUUCUGUAGAUCUGCAGGGCUAUUUUUUUGAAAAUAAUUAUGGAUUUCAAUCGUUAUAUCAAGCUUUGCAACGAAUAAUAGGAGACGAAGAAGUCCUUAAAGAAAUUUGUGGGUUUUUACUUAAUGAACAAAAAAUAAUAUCAAAAGAAGAUUUAAUCAAAAACCUGGAUAAUCUCAUGAAUUCAUUAGAUAUUUCAAUAGAUCAAGGCAAGAAAGAUGAAUUAAAGAGAAAAAUCAAAAAUAAAUUGAAACUCAUCGGCAAUCAUUUUUCAGAGAUGGAUAAAGGAUGCAUUGGCUUACUGCCUAUUUCACUUAUUAUGAGUCAGUUAAGGGCAUUAGAUAUAAUUGAAACUUCAAUAGAAGAAAAUUGGCUAUUUAAGCAGCUCAUUAAAUAUCAAUCAAGUAAAGGGCUAAUUUAUUAUGAUAGCUAUUUCAGCAAAUUUGUAUCAGCAUCAAAUAGCCAAAUGUCUUCUGAAAAAUCAUAUGGGAGUGACUCAAGCUUUUCAGAAGUCAACGAAAAUGAAAUUAUUGCUGAAACUUAA